CACAAAGGGAGAGGAAAGAAAACAAAGCCAGGAACUGGAAGCCUGACAUUAACUUGAAAGUCAGCGCCUCGUGCCGCGGACGGUGGUGCGUCGACUUGACGGUUGCCGGACACUGGACACAACUUCUGCUGGGGGAGAGGGGGAGAUCGCACCCUGGGGUGAUGGUGAGACGACAUUAGGCUGUAGGCGCAUUUCGAGGGAGGACUUGUUUUCCUGGCGGCGGCGCAAUGAACGGGAGUCGGCGCAGCGGCCCGGGCUGUCCGGUGAGCGCGGGCUUCACGGUGGAGGGGCUGCCGCCGCUGCCCAAGGGCCUGAGCGGGAUCCUCAACUCCAGCGGCGGGUCGUGGCGGGACAUCGAGAAGGUGCACAGCAAGAGAGCGCGCAUCCAGGCCGACAUCAGCCGGGGCAGCGGGGGCGCGCCGCGCGGGCACGGCAAACCGGGGGGACUGGCCGCUGCUCUGGCGCUGCUGCGGAAGGAGAUGGUCGGCCUGCGUCAGCUCGACAUGUCUCUGCUCUGCCAGCUGUGGUCUCUCCAUGAGGCCAUCCAGGAAUACAAGGGCUACUCGCUUCUGUCUGGGGCCUCGCUCAGUGCUGAUAAUGGAUCCUCUGAGGAGGAGGACGAAGAUGACGAGGAGACAGGAAUCCCCUCACAGCCUCUGUCCUCCUCGUCCCUGUCUCUGCCUCCACCCAGCAGCAACUCCAGGGACCAGUGGAUCAAAGACUCCUUUCAUAUCCCAUGACGUGGAUACACACACAUGCACUGUGCGGUUUUCUUAAAGUUCAUUUCUCUUAUACCAUUAGAACCAUUUACACUCGUUUUUAAUAGCAUGCAUCUUCUGGCCAGUCUGUUUUUCUGGCAGUGGACCAAUCUAAUAACCACCAAUCAAUAUAGCUGUGAUGGUUGACUGGCAGUGUUUCUAAUAUUGCACUGUUAAAAAUCCCAUCGAUUGUAUAUCUUAUCAAAGAUUAAGAAUGACUAAAAGAAAAAGAAUCACGACAGAGAAGUGAGACCAGAUGUUUUCUUCAUUGCAUAUUAUUCAUGCUACAUGCUGCUUGCUUGUCAGUGACAUUGAGUCGUGUGAAAUAUAACAAUUCCUGAAGGUCAGAUUCCAUGUUUGAUACCUGCCUGUCUGUUGGUUUCUGAUAAUUACAGACUUUUUAAACUCCCUGCUCUCAAACAAGCAGCACAAUCUUUCCCAUCGCACAUUUUCUGCCAUAUAGUAUCUUGACUGAAGUACAGAAAUGUCGUCCAUCUGCAUUCUCUUUAGUUCUCGAAGACAUUUUGAACAGUAUUCACAGAGCCAAAUAUAAGGAAUCGUUAUUUUUGAAAACAAUGUUUAGCUUGUCUUUCUAUAACAACAGCCAUUUCGAAAUAUCCUGACAUUUCUUGUUGGAUUAAGAGCGUCAAAAAAAGUGUUGCAGUAAUUGGCUGCAAGACAUCGACGUUUUUGCAGCUCUGCUUUACGUUGCAUGUGCUGCUUCAUUCUCGCCGAGGACACUAGAAAGGACCUUUAAUCUGGACACCGCUGGACUUCAUCAGUCCAAACUCAUAACAUGCCUGAGUAAAAAUGAGGCUAACUAAAGGCUAAUUCUGGUGGGAUACUGCUUGGUUGAAGGCAUAUUAAACCACUAAAUAAUCUUUUUUUUCCCCUGUAACAUCUUUAACGUGCAUUUUUGUUUGUUUUUUAGCUCAAAUUUAGAACUGUACAAAGCAUAUGACUAUUCAACUGUGUUUUAUGAAGUAAAGUGUCACAGUGUGCCAAAUAGUCUUGCUAAUGCUUCAGAUAAGCCAGUAAAUGACUUGUUUUGUUUGUAAAUCUUAAAAUAAAACUAAAUUGUACACCACA